AUGUUCAAUGAAGCAUAUGAUUUAAAAGCUGACCUGAACAUAUGCAUGCAAACAUUAAAUUCAGAAAAAUUUAGAGAGCUUUUAAAUUUAGCAAGAAUUGAUUUAUAUAAACUGACUGACCAUUUAGGGUUUAAUAUUUUCCACGAUAUCGCAUCUUGUAUAAUAAAAGAAGAAAAACUUGCUGAAUAUUUAGAAAUCUUAAAAAAAGCCUUUGUAGAGAGAUAUCCUGAUGACUGGCAAACAAUGAUUCUCCCAAUGCUGAACUCUCAGGCUGUUCAUGAUAGAAAUUCUCCUCUGCACUGUGCAAUCCUAAAUAACAGAAAAGUAAAAAAUAUAUAGAAAAUCAUUGAAGAAUUCAUUAAAUUAGGAUCAAACUUUAGACUGAAAAACGUUCACGGACAAAAUGUAAUGCAUUUAUCUGUAAUUGCUGGAAAUAUACAACUAUUAGCCUAUUUCAAAUACAAACACGGAAUGCCUAUCAAUGAGCUUGAUAAUGAUGGAAAGAGCCUUCUUCAUCUCGCAAUUUCGAAUAAUAAUGAAUAUAUUUUAUCGCUACUACUAACAUGGAUAGACGAUUUAGAGAUAAAAGAUAAAGAAGGCCGAACACCUUUACAUGCCGCUGUGCUUUCUAGGGAAUACUAUUUAGUUAGAAGUCUCCUUGUUGCUGGAGCUAAAAGGAAAGCUAGAGAUAACAGCGGCGUUACUCCCCUAGAUUUAGCAAUUCAAAAUGGCGCUUUCGAGUUGAUAAGGAUGCUGGUAAUUUAGAUUUAGAAAGAACCAUUAGUGAUCUGCAAGCUUAAUCCUUGCCAGUCUCCAUUGAAGCCUAUGGAGAAGACUUUUAGUGCUUAUAUUUUGUAUAUUUUUAUAUUCGUAUCAAGGUAUGGCUUGGUGUUUUAUUUUAUGCUCCCUCACUAUCCUGUGCAUGUUAUUAUUAUUUCUUGCAUUAUUUUUAUUAUGUCAUUUUUAUCUUUUUUUUUAGUCAGUUGUAUGAAUCCUGGAUAUCUAUAUCAAAAGCCAGAUCAAGAUUUACUUGUAAGUUUAAUAUAGACUCUAUAUGAAAAAAUACAUCCAGAGUUUUUAUGUCCGAAGUGUAUAGUUAAGCGAACUAGAACUACUAACUCCCACCUUGUUUAGCGAGCAAAAAAAAUUAGCCUGAAAGCUAUCAAGAUUAAGCUUUUUAAUAUAUAUACAAAAAUUAUAUAAAAAUAUUUAAGGAAUUAAUUUGAAAUAUUUGAAAUAAAAAACUUUAUUAAUUUUUAACAUUAGACUCCCGAAAGCAGCUUUUUAAAAAAUUGAUAUAAUUUGCUCAAGAUUCCAUUAUUAUAGUCAUUAAUUAUUAAAAAAUCUUUUUGCUAGCUAAAUGUGGGUAUUCCUCUAUGACUUUGCUUGCUAACUCGGUGAAGUAAGCAUUGCCAGCACUGUGGUAGAUGUGUAGGCUACUUUUAAAUGUUAAUUAUUUAUGUAAUAAAUAAAUUAUAUAAAUUCGCGAAAAAAUUAUUAUUAAAAGCAUAAAUAUUUAAGAAAAAUUUUGGAGCCUAUGUGUUGAUCGAUAUGAUCAUCAUUGUCCAUGAAUUCGUAAUUGUGUAGGAAGAAAAAACUAUAGAGUUUUUAUCUGAUUUAUCACUAUUUGCUUGAUUGACUUCACAUAUCAUAUCGUUAUAAGUCUCCUCGAAUUUUUCAAAGUCUUCCAUAGCGAAUUUAAAAGUUUUGAGUCCAAUUCAGAAUUCCAUAGUGCUGCGACCUUGAUGAUUUGUAUUAUAAAUUUUAUUUGCAUGCUAUUUAUUAUUCCAGUAGUUUAUAUCCAAUAUACAAAUAUUUUAAGAAAGACGACUACACAUGAAAGGUUUGCAUAUCAUAAGGAAAACAGGUCGACAUUUAUAAGUAUUGAUAUUACAAAUAUGCCAUCUGCAAGUGAAACAACAGAAAGGGCGUCAAUAGCAAUGAAAGAAGCCAAUGAAUUUGAAAAUUUCCAAAAAAUGCGUAAAGAUUCAAAAAUUUCAUGCUGGAAAAGAUUCAAAAAAAGAAAAUCAAGCAACUUAAGUCUCUCAACUGUCAUAGAAAAAUCCCUUAUUAAUGAUAUGUAA